AUGGAGAAAAAGUUGAGAAAAGGACCAUGGUCAAAACAAGAGGAUGCAAUAUUAAUUAAAUAUGUUGAAAGAUAUGGACCGAAAAAGUGGAAUUUAUUACAAAGGGUAACUGGACUUCCUCGAGAAGGCAAAAGUUGUCGUCUAAGAUGGCUUAAUCAUCUUAAUCCAUAUUUGAAAAAGGGAAAAUUAAGUGAAGAAGAAAAACAGAAAAUCAUUCAACUUCGUCAACUUGGAAUUAAUUGGUGUGAAAUUGUUAAACAGACUCCUGGAAGAACAGAUAAUGAGAUAAAGAAUUUUUACCAUAUUAAUAAGAGAAAGAAACUUAAAUUGGAGAAUAGCAAUGGAGAAUGUCAGAAAAAGAAAAAGAAAAUAAAUGUGGCAAGUACUUCAACAAAGAAUAAUGUGGCAAGUACUUCUACAAAGAAUAAUUCUUCCCCAACAAUCAUUGACAGAAUACAAGAUGUUCACUGGAUGAAUGAGUUGAAUAACAAUGGAGAAAGUAGCAACCAGCAACAAGGCAUUUCUGACACACAUGAAAUGGAAAUCAUGAAAGACUCCUUCCAUAUUCCAAUUAUGCAACCUUCAAAUAUGCUUUGCAAUAAUGUGCCAAGUACUUCUACAAUCAAUAAUUCUCCCCCAACAAUCAUUGAUAGGGGUGAAGCUCCUUUUAUGCCAACUAACAUGGUAUCAAAUGUGCCUCUAUUUAUAGAGUAUCAAACUUUUGAAUCUCCACAUCAUCCGCACACUUCUACAAGUGAUAAACCUUCCCUAACAUUUAUUGAUAGGAGUGAAACUUCUUUUAUUUCUAAGGAUAUGGAAUCAAACCUGCCUCUACUCCCAGAAAGUAUGAACUUUGAAUCUUUUGAAUCUCUAAUUCAAAAGUAUCCUCCACUCCCACUUCGAUCAUCUGAGGAGAUUCAACGAGAGCAGCUGGAACUAGAUUCUCCAUUCAACAAUAAUUUGAUGGAAUCCAUGUUCAAUACAUCAAAUAUUUUGGAUGACUCUAAUGGUAACCUAUAUUUCUGUGAGACAAGAUUGGUUGAUGAAAAUGGAAAUGAGCCAACAUAUUUGAAGAAAGAUGAAUCAAACUGUGAGACAAGAUUGAUUGAUGAAAAUGGGAUGAAGCCAACAUAUUUGAAGAAAGAUGAAUCAAACAAUGAAGACUUGAUAGAUUUGUUGGAUAGCUUAGGUUGGUUCGAUGGUUAUAUUUUUUGA